AUGAGCAUAUUUCGACACUUUCUUAGCAGGAGCGGAUCAAACAUCAGAGGGGCACCAAUGGAUCUCGAAACCCUUUCGACAGUAGUUCACGAUGAGAUCCUUGCCGAAUACGUCGAAUUUCCAUCACCACAGACACCACCUUUGGGUAUCGUACAUCCAUCAAAGCAUCAACCGAAUCAACAUUGGAAUGACGACACAGAGCGAACACAACUCAGCAUGCACGCUGAUCCAAUCCCCCGACCUCAGAUGCAGAUCGAUUCCCACCCCGAAAAGAUGCUCGCUCACCCCAUCCCUAGCGUCCGACCGACGGAUAUCAACAGAUACCGUGAACCAGGGUACAUGGGGAUUAACCCCAUCACACUGGUGGGCGAGACGGGCUUAUUGCCUGGAAGUUGGGGUCAGGGAAAAGAGUUCGUGAAUGUGAUGGCAGGGCAUGAGCCGCGGAAGUGGCCUGGUGCACGAGAACCGUUGGCGUAUCGAUAUGAUACGAGCAUGCAGCAGCAGAAGGCUGAUCCCGUGAUUGUUGAUAUGAAUGAGCUGCGCAUGCAAUAUGCACAAGCGAUUUUGGAUGGAGGGGCAUGUGCGGAGUCAAGUAGCAAGGGCAGUUACCUGACGAUUGCAAUGCAAAGCAGGAAGGACACUUGGGCCAAAGGGUGCGAUGGGGUUGGUGGGAUUGAAGUUGAAGAAGAACAUGAAGAUGAUGAUCAUGUUGAUGAUGAAAAUAACGAUAACGACAACGACGAUGAUAUGGCUGACUGGGAAGAGGUUUCUGGGGACGAGCAAGAUGAAAUUGAUUCGGAGUACGGUUCAGGCCAUAAGAGGGACGACUCUGGAUAUUCCUCCGGAAAGGCUGAGUCAGCAUCAAAGACAUUACGGGCUGGGAUGCCUGUAGUGCCCCUCGGAGAAAGGUCCGCUUCGAUGCAGAGGCAAUCGACAAAGAAAGAAAGGCUUGCAAGUUGA